UGUCUGCAACUUCCGGUCUGAAAAAUUAUGAUAAAUUUUAAAGACGAAACCAAAAAAUCACUUUAGAUCGAAAUCUAGGUAUAUUUACCAAUUAAGUGUCAAUUAAGAAAUGGAAUUUGCAGAAUUUAUCAAGACCCCUACGGUAGAGAAUGUCUGUAUGAAGCGUCCUUUUACUAAAUCAGUUACUGGUACACUUUGUAUCACAGGACAUCAUGUAAUACUGUCCUCAAGAUCAGAAAAUCAUGAGGAAUUGUGGCUUCUACAUAGUGCUAUUGACAGUACAGAGAAAAAAAUGACCCAGUCAAAUGGGAAAUAUAUACUGAUUUUGAGAUGUAAAGACUUGCAGAUGAUAGAGUUAGAAUUCAAUGGUGGCGAUGACUGUUUAGAUGUAGCAUCAUCUAUAGAGAAACUGUCUCAUGUUGAUGAUAUUAGCCUGAAGUAUCAAUUUUUCUAUCGAGCUGGAUUUGAGCCGUUAGAGGACGGCUGGCAGGCUUUUCUACCAGAGAAUGAAUACACACGGUUUAAAGAGUGCUCUGAGGAAUGGAGGCUUAGUUAUGUUAACAAAGAUUAUAAGGUUUGUGCAUCCUAUCCACAUGCUGUGAUUGUACCUAAAUCCAUAGAUGAUGAAACAGUUAUAAAGGCAUCCCAGUUCAGACAGAAUGGCAGGUUCCCUGUUCUCAGUUAUUAUCACAGACAGACAAAGGCUGUGAUGAUGAGAUGUAGUCAACCAUUGACAGGAAUGAACAACAAAAGAUGUAAAGAAGAUGAACGAAUGGUCAAUUCUGUAAUGGGGCGUGGCAACAAAGGUUAUAUCAUAGACACAAGGUCACCAUCUGCUGCAAAAUCAGCUCAGAAUAAAGGUAUUGUAAAGUCUGUAAUGGGGUGUGGCAACAAAGGUUAUAUCAUAGACACAAGGUCACCUUCUGCUGCAAAAUCAGCUUGGAAUAAAGGUGGAGGUUAUGAACCUGAGGUAUAUUAUCCACAGUGGAGGCGGAUACAUCAGUCUGUGGAUAGGAGACAAGCUUUCCAUGACUCACUCAUCAAAUUGAUGGAAUCAUCCCUUGACAACACCAGUAGUAUGGACAAAUGGUUAUCAAAGUUAGAAUCCAGUAACUGGUUAUCUCAUGUCAAAGAUAUUCUAACAUGUGCUUGUACCAUAGCACAGUGUAUAGAUUCUGAAGGGGCUUCAGUAUUGGUCCAUGGAUCUGAGGGAUUUGAUACAACAUUGCAGGUCACCUCCCUUGUACAACUUAUAUUGGACCAUGACUGUAGGACCAUUAAUGGAUUUGAAGCCUUAGUAGAACGUGAAUGGUUACAAAGUGGACAUCCAUUUGCUGACCGCUGUUCCAAAUCUGCAUUUGCCAUCACUAAACAGAGAAGUGAAUCUCCUGUUUUUCUUCUCUUUUUAGAUUGUGUCUGGCAGAUAUGGCAACAGUUUCCUUGUUCAUUUGAAUUCAAUGAAGAGUUUCUUGUCAUGCUGUUUGAACACACCUAUUCCUCACAGUUUGGUACAUUCCUGUGCAAUAAUGAGAAGGAAAGAAAAGAGUGUAAAUUGUCCUCCAGAACAGUCUCUUUAUGGACAUAUUUAGCAAGACCAGAAGUUUUACAGAAAUAUCUUAAUCCUAUGUAUGAUCCUAAUCCUCGAGUGAUAUGGCCCUCUGUAGCUCCACAAAGUUUGGUGUUGUGGUCUGGGUUAUACCAGAGAUCUAUAAUUGACCAAUCAAAACAGAAGGAGGCUUGGCAGGAAGUCAGUAAAAUAAGAGAGUAUGACAAGGAAUUAAGGUCAAAGGUCACCAAACUUAGGAGACAACUGGCCUCAUUAGAAAGAGAAGCACUAGGAGUUGGACUGAUUCUUCCCUCAGAACUUGGUGUUGAUUGUAUACCAGAAUGAGGUCAAUAUUCAGGACAAACUUGCUGGAUUAAUUUUAUGAAAAUUGUAAAGUCUGUAACAUACUGAUAUAAGAGACUUUCAUGUUCUAUUUUGUCUUAACAUACUGUUUCUUUUGUUACCAUGGUUAUACUAUACACAUUAAUCAGUUUUAUUAAAGUUGGUCGCUGAGAAUAAAUUUUUCGAUGAUCAAUUAUUUUAUUUUACAUGGUAGAUUGGAAGUUAUUAUUAUAAAGAAUAUCACAUUACUGCAAUUUAAAGUUAUAUAAUUAGUUUAAAGUUCAGGACUGUGCAUUUGAAUAAUUUGAAAACUUUAUGAAGGAAUAUAAAUAUUUUCCAGUGACCAAACUUUUUUUGACAAUAUGUGCAAUAUUUAAUUGUUGAUGUUAUCAUGUUUAUGUAUGUACUUACUGUGAUAAGUAAUAAAGUUUAUGAUGCUUUGUUAAA